AUGAAACAUUUGAACAUUGACAAAGCUGAUUCUCUCCAACCAGAGCAUGUUCAUAUCACUGCAAAUGGUUUGAGACCUGGAGGAACUUAUCGAUUUGAUAUGCAACUUCGCCACAAUUAUGGAUCACAUGCGUCGUAUUGUGUCUUGAAAGCUGAUGAAAAUGGAAAUAUCGAUAUGAAAACAGCGAAACCAUUGAGAGGAACUUAUUUCGAGGCCGAUGGAAUGGGAUUGUUCCUUUCGAUGACCCCAUGUGAGGAUUUCGCAUAUGGUGGAUAUCUCCGCUGCACACCUCCAAUUCCAUUUUUUUAUCUUUUGAUACUGUCUGAUGAGAGUGGAACUAAGCUAGAUGAGAUGUAUAUAAAGAAACAUUGGAUGCAUCCAUUAUUGACACGCACUGAAAUUGAACACGACGGAUUCUGCGGGACACUUUUCAAGCCUCCAGGAGAUGGACCAUUCCCAUGUGUUAUGGAUAUUUCUGGAACUGGAGGUGGUCUUCAUGAACAUAAAGGAGCAAUGUUGGCAUCAGAAGGAUUCGUUGUAAUUUGUGUUGCCUUCUUCCAAUUCAAAGAUCUUCCAUAUAAGAUGGAAGAUGUCGAUGUUGAAUAUUUCUUGAAACCAAUUGAAUUCGUACUUGGUCUUCCAUACACUACUAAUAUGCUGGGAAUCCAAGGAGUUUCUUUUGGAGCGACCAUUGUGGACUUGUUGUCUACUAGAUAUCCACAGAUCAAAGCUGUUGUGUCCAUCAAUGGUCCCCAUGCACAAAGCCAUUACUGUUUGCUGAAAGAACACGGAAAGCCAAUGGAUGUACCAUACCUUGAUGACUCCAAGUUGUUCUUCAUUAACACAAUUCUGGCCACAGCUCCAUGUUUCAAAACGCUAACGCCUGUUCUUACACCAGAAACUUCAAUUCCAUGGCAUCGGAUUCCAAAAGACACCGCUUACCGACUUAUUGGAUCAGUAGACGAUUUGUGCGCGCCAUCGAUUCAUUCGAAUCUUCAUAUUCAGAAGAAACUUCAGGAAACUGGUCAUUAUGUUGAAUUAGAAUUGGUAAAUGGGGGACAUAUUAUGGAGCCCCCAUACUUCCCUCAUCACGACAUUGUCUAUGCGAAAUUCCAAGGAUUCUACUGUGGAUAUGGAGGUGAAAUCGUGCUUCAUGCCAAGUCUCAAGAACGAACAUGGGCCAAUACAAUCAAUUUCUUCAAAAGAAAACUUGGAUCUCCACCUCCAAUGCCCGAUUGGAUGAGAUUGACGAAAGUGGAUGGUCCUCUGAGGCCAAUUACCAUCCAUAAACCAAAAAUGCUCUACACCAUCGCCGCCGUUGGAGCCUGUGCCUAUUUUGCCGUCACUGAUUCCAUCGUCAAGAAGGCUGUCGUUGAAACUGUGAAAGCCGUCGUCUGGCCAACUAGCGAUGAGCAAGUAGCUGCUCAGAUGAAGGAGAAGAAGACGGAUAAGGAAGACGAAGACUGGGCUCUCUACUAA